UCUGAUGGGUCGGAUGUGCUGGAUGGACCAGAAGAAAGACAAAAUUCGAAGUACAAUUUUCCUAUCCUGAAGUUAGCCCACGACUGUGCUAGGAUGCAAGGUGCAUUUGGACCAGCCUGUAUUUUCCUAAGGAAAGGGAUUGCAGAGAAACAUGUGGAGCGAGAGCUAGCACCUGAUGAAAUUGAAGAGCUAAAAGAAGCCUUCACAGAGUUUGACAAAGACAAAGAUGGCUUCAUAACCUGCAAAGAUCUAGGAAACUUGAUGCGCACAAUGGGCUACAUGCCAACUGAGAUGGAACUCAUUCAGCUGUCCCAGCAGAUCAACAUGAACUUGGGAGGUCGAGUAGAUUUUGAGGACUUCGUGGAACUAAUGGCACCUAAACUGCUUGCGGAAACAGCAGGAAUGAUUGGACUUCAGGAAUUAAGGAAUGCUUUCAAAGAGUUUGACGCUAACGGUGAUGGAGAGAUAACCAUUGAGGAACUCCGCCUUGCCAUGCACCGCCUACUAGGGGAGGAGCUGUCAGCCCGUGAGAUAGAAGAUGUAUUGAAGGAGGCAGACUUAAAUGGGGAUGGUACAGUGGACUUUGAAGAGUUUGUUCGAAUGAUGUCUCGCUGAGUGUGGUGUAGAGACAGAAGAAAAUAACAUGAAAAGCUUCGCCUGAGGUUUCACGAAGUCACUGAAUGCCCAGAUCUGUAAGGUGACGAAUGGACCAAGUAAUAAUGCUUCCCUAACAUUGGCCAGGUCCUAAAUUUGGGGACCUGUACUAGGAGUUCAAGCUCUAAACAUAAUUAUUUUCCACUUCUGCCUGGGGAUGCAUAUUCAUCUUUUUAAUUUCCUUACUAGUCCUUUUGGUAUAAGUUCCUCCUUAUAUUAAUAGAAGAGUUCUAAAAGGAACAACUGUCCCUUUUCAGGGAUGAACCAGGAACAAUGUUCUAGUUACGUGACAUUUUCAAAGUGACAAAAUAUGAAGAAGGACGUUGGGUCAGUUACAGUCUCCACAUCAACAGUUUGCUAAGCAUUACCAACGUAACUGUCAUCCCUGAAUGGCGACGAUUCCUUUGCAUAAGACAUUCAUUACAACAAGUGAUCUUUGAGAAGACUUUUGCAGCAGUAUUGUAAGAACAUGACUUGUAUUCACCAUGCCAAGUCAUUGUUUGAUCUGUUUUUCUCACCAGCUAAAUAUCCUUCAGUUCCCUGGUAUGAUGUAAUACCUGUCAUACAUUUAUCCUUUAACAGCAUCCGCUGGCAACUGUCUCACAGAAACCAGCAUUAGGCCAUAUCAUUGAGGUCCUUGUUUUUGGGUUACUAAAGGAACAAAUUUUUUCAGGGUCAACAUACAGAAUGUUUUUGACAAGAUAAAUUGUAAGAUUAAAGAGCUUAAUAGUGGUCUCCAUUGUUCAUUCUAGAUGCUAGAAAGAUCCUUGAAUAUCAUGUUAUACUUCAUUGCUAAAGGGCCCCCUUCAUAUUGCCUUGUUUCAAUAACUUUAGAAAUAGAUCCAAAGGUACAACAGUUUUUUUUUAAAGAGGGGUCUGUGGUACAGGACUUAAAACUGAACCCUGAAAAAAUUCUCUUGAAUAACUUUGGAAAUAAUCCACAACAUCUCCUUGUUUAAAGCAAUCUACUCUCAGUGAAUGAGCCAAACUGCAAAUUUUUCUCCAGUAUAAUGAUCAGGAAAACAGCAAGCCCACUGGUUUACUGGUUCAGUUCCAACUGUUUCUUAAUCAGUCUGUUACUUUUAUUGACUCAGUCUCACUACACAUCCUAUUUUCUGAGGAGAUCCAAAGUGGUAUUCAUAAUAGCUAGGGAACAUUUGGCCAGGACACCAGGAGAACCGCCAAUAUUUUUUCUCAAAAAGUGGCUGCUUUUACCCCACCUGAAUUACUACCAUCUCAGACACGAGAGUUUGGUUUAAUGUCUAUCCAAAGGAUGAAAAUUCAGCAGUACUAUAGACUCUCUAUGCUUCACUACAGUGUAAGCAGGGGAAAAUUAAUCCAAGCAUCAAGUGUAGGGAUUGAAUAUUUUUUUUUCUUUUUUUUCCCCCUUCUUCCAUUGUAAUAAAUAUAUACUUAUUACACCUAUGCUUUUGUUAAUUGUGUCAUUUGUUUGUAAUAAAUGUGUACUUAUUACACCUAU